AUGACAAAGCAUAUUCCUACUGCUCCCCGCCGACCCAACCUAUUCAUGAAUGCUGUUCUUAAUAGCACAAUUGCAGGUGUUGUUGCUCUAAUUAAUACACCAACUCCAGAAGUAGCAGUUGUCACAUCCCCUGAAGUUCAAGUCGCUGUGACCCCAAUGGAUCACGUCCUUACCUUGUUGGCAGUCAACAAUGUGUCGAUGCAAUCCUUGCAAGAAAAUGCAAAAGGAGUGACUGAUGCAAUAACUCAUUUGAAGAAUGGCCUUGAUUUGUCCAACAAGACAAAUGAAUUUUUGAAGAACUCGGUCCUUCAGCUCAUGACUGAAAAUGCCGAAAUAAAAAAGGCAAUGACCAGUCAAAAUUCCAUGAUGCCUUCUGCUGUACCAGCGGAUUCUUCUUCUUCCAUGGAUGAUGAUCUUGACCAUGGAACGAAACAUCAUCCCUUGAUUUCUCAACUUAUCAAUAGUUACAUCAAGAAACCAAACUUUGUUAGCACAGACCUGCUCAAAGUUGCUGAGAAUAAUAAUAGAUCAGCAUGGUCAAUGACUGGCACGUAUGGCAAUAAGUACAACAAGACACUUGCACUGGCUCUCUUCAAGUACCUGGGACCUCAAAGAUGUUACACAAAUGUGUCAAAGACAGAGAAGAUUAUGACUAGAAAUAAAGCUGGAAGAAGACGCAACAGAAAGAAGACUACAUACACAGAGACUACUCAUGAGGGUAUGAAUCGAUAUGAUUGUGGAAAUAGUCUUUCUAUUGAUGUGAUGUCUGAUGGUGAGUCGGAUGGAGAUAACAAAGUGCGGGCAUAUCGUCCCAGCUGGAGAACUAAUGAGAUAAUUACUAUUGAUGAACUUACUGUUAUCAGUUUGAAGAGAAAUUCAGAAAGCUAG